UCUGGGAAGUGUCGUAGUUUCCGUGUUCUCCCGUCUUUUGACAAGCCAUUCCUCCUGUUUUUCCGCGUCUUCAGUGAUGCGAAAACGUAACGCUAUUUUGUCAUGUUGAGAGUGUUUGGCGGUUAGUGGCUCGUUGACCGCUCAUCGGACAACAUGAACCGGGCACUUAAAAAGUCUCAGUCUCUGCGUUGCUGUUCGGUCCUCGAGGUGAAAAGUAAAUAUGGAGCAGAAUUCAGGAGGUUUUCCCUGGACCGCUGUGAGCCUGGCAGGUUUAAAGACUUCCACAGGCUCAUUGUGCGUUUACAUCACUUAUGGCAAAUGGAUGAUGUCCUUAUCGAAUAUGCGGAUGUCCAAGGAGAGCUGCUGCCCAUCAAUAAUGAUGACAACUUUUGCAAAGCUGUGACCUCCACACAAUCUUUACUGCGUAUCUUCAUUCAGCUUCAAGAGGAAGCUGACCAGGAUAUCACAGGUGCUGAAGAUACAACAAAACGAAAGAAACCUGUCAGCCAGAGAAAAACACCAUUCCAGAUCAGCAUGCCACAGAACUUCCGCCCUGUUUCGUCUAUCAUUGACGUGGACAUCAUACCAGAAUGCUACCGAAGGGUGCGUCUGUAUCGCCAGGGCUCGGACAGACCUCUGGGGUUUUACAUUCGCGAUGGUACCACUGUCAGGGUUACUCCAUACGGUCUGGAAAAGGUUCCGGGCAUCUUUAUCUCCCGCAUAGUUCCUGGAGGACUGGCGGCUUGCACGGGACUGCUGGCCAUUAAUGACCAGGUCCUGGAAGUGAAUGGUAUUGAUGUUAUGCGGAAGUCUUUGGAUCAGGUAACCGACAUGAUGAUCGCAAACAGCCACAACCUCAUCAUCACAGUGAAACCCGCAAACCAGCAUAACAACAUAAGGCGAAAAAGCUGCAGUUCCUCAAGCUCGGGACACUAUUUUGAUAGUACGCACUCCGUAAGCUUUCCAGGGCUACCUGUGAUAAUGAAAGCUUAUGGUUUAGGUAAUGGCUCUGAGAGCGAAGAGGAUGCAGAUGUGGUUGUCGAGAGCCCCAACAAGCACCUGUCCCGACAUCCGGGUUCUUCAUCCGCCUCUCAUUCUUUUCAGCCAUAUGUUAAUAUUUGCUACAGGCCCCAAGUUUCUGCCAGAUGGCCCAACUCGCUCAUUUCGGCUGCGUCCUAUCACUCUCAGCCUUGUCUCGCUCAUACAGCUCACACUGACCACAGCGUCCCUCUUCACAGGCAUCGGACCUCCCAACAGCAUUUCGGCUGUAAUCCAGCCAUCAGACAGGGAAGCUCCAGUACCCAUGACAUUCUAAACACGUGGCAUGUAGAUCUGAGUCGCCAUUUACUGUUUCCCCAGGGGGCAAUGGAGGAAGAUGGAAUUGUUGUUAUUUUGUAAAAGAUAAACCAAAAAUACACCACCCAUUUUAAAUUGUGCACUUUUGGGUGAACUAUGCAUUAAAU